AUGCAGGAAAGUUUCGGCUGCGUCGUGGCCAACCGCUUCCACCAGCUGCUGGACGACGAGUCUGACCCGUUCGACAUCCUGCGCGAGGCCGAGCGCCGGCGCCAGCAGCAGCUGCAGCGCAAGAGGCGGGACGAGGCGGCGGCGGCGGCGGCCGGGGCCGGUCAGCGCGGCGGCCGGAGCCCGGCCGGGGCCUCGGGCCACAGACCCGGCGCGGCCGGCGGCCGGCGGGAGUCCCAGAAGGAUCGCAAGGGCCUGCCGGCCCCCGGCGCGCCGCAGCCCGACAGCCCCGGGGGCGGCCCGCAGCCGCCCGGGACGCGCGGCCCGCCGAGCCCCUGGACGCCCCCGGGCCAGAAGCGAACUCCUAGAAGAGGGGAGCAGCAAGGAUGGAAUGAUAGCCGGGGGACAGAGGUGACACUGGAUAGAGCAGAGCGGAGAUCCUACAGGGAAUAUCACCCUUAUGAGACCGAGAGGCAGGCGGACUUUACACCUGAGAAGGUUACAGAAGAAAAACCAGUGGACAGGUUUGAUCGGGACAGACCCCUGAGAGGACGUGGGGGCCCCAGGGGGGGUCUGCGGAGCAGAGGCCGAGGUGGUCCGGGGAACAGAGCUUUUGAUCGUUUUGACCAAAGAGGAAAACGGGAGUUUGAGAGAUACGGUGGAAAUGAUAAAAUAGCAAUCAGAACUGAAGAUAACAUGGGUGGAUGUGGAGUUCGCACCUGGGGAUCCGGAAAAGAUACCAGUGACGUGGAGCCAGCUGGGCCUGUGGAGGAGCCCCCGAUGGUGGAGGAGUCCCCGGACCCCCUGGAGGAGGGGUCUCCAGCCAAAGUUCCUGAGUUGGAGGUAGAAGAAGAAACUCAAGUUCAAGAGAUGACCCUAGAUGAGUGGAAAAUUCUUCAAGAACAGACCAGACCAAAACCUGAAUUUAACAUCCGGAAACCUGAGUGCACGGUCCCUUCCAAAGCAGUGGUGAUACACAAGUCCCGAUACAGAGAUGAUAUAGUAAAGGAUGACUGCGAGGAUGAUGCCCAUGUUUUCCGGAAAGCGGCCAAUGACAUCACGUCCCAGCUGGAGAUUAAUUUCGGUAACCUCCCUCGUCCGGGGCGCGGAGCCAGAGGUGGCACACGGGGAGGCCGGGGAAGGAUCCGAAGGACAGAGAACUAUGGACCCAGAGCAGAAGUGGUGACACAAGACGUUGCUCCAAACCCGGAUGACCCUGAAGACUUUCCUGCUCUGGCGUGA